GCGAGUGUCGGGCCGCGGCUCGCUCACUUCUGCUGCCUCCACGUUCAUCAGCGCGCGGCUCGGGAUGGCCCAAGUCUCAUUAACGCCGGCCAGGAAAUUUGAAUAUGCAGUGACGAUUUUCCGCGAACUCUCGACUUUCUUGUUAAUGAGAGAAUGUAAUUAAUAGUUGGGGCAAUUUAUUAUCCUAAUCAAGAUAAUUAAGAAGAGAGUCAGCGAGGGAAUUUGGUCGGCGUGGGGGAAGUCGGGCCGCCCGCCGCCACCGCCCCUCUAACCGGCCGCCGCCAGCCACACUUCCUUGGCGGUGAGGGGAAGCGCGCGCACGCCCCGCCCUCCAAUCACCAGGCCCCUCCCACCAUUUUGUGCCAGACGAGUUGGCGGCUGCCCUUCACUUGCCUGUUUUUCCCUCUUUUCUUCUUCAGAAGGCUUAUCCAGGUCCUCACAAGGCAAUUAUGGACGCAUUGCCUUCCCGUCUAAUGGCCAGGAAAGGUAAAACCCUCCUUGCUAGGCCUGCAAACACAGGCGGCAAGACACACCUGAUCGCAGUGCUGGCAACGAGACAAAUUUCAGGAAUCCUUGUCCCCGCCCACCAUUUUGUAUCAUUGAUGAAGACUGCCCCUGAUUGGUGGAAGAUGGGUUGAGUGCCAAUCCUGACCGACAAGUGAUCCAAUUCAUGUGUUUUUGGCUUAAAUACACUCACAUUAGUUAACUUAUCCCAUUAUUGUCACCGGACCGGUCGUGGAUGGACCCCGAGAAAUCUGAAGGGACUUGAGUCUGUCUGGAGGUUCUUUUGGUGGAGAUUUGCGGGAGGACUCAGUUCAGCGGCCUGUUUCGCGGAGUUUGCACGCUGAAGGUGGCCCAGCUGGAGGUCUGCUCUCAGGUGCUGGGCGAGUGUACCGAUACCAAGCUGCUGGACCAUCCUGGCCCUCCGACCUGACACUUGUUGAACAUGUAACACAGCAAAUACUGAUGUUCAGAACCGCGCCUUCCCUCCUCCCGUGAAGUAGUGUGGCCAGCGCGAGGAUUCAGUAUGGAAAAACUUACAGAAUUCGUGUCUAAAUCCUUUGACCCAACUAAGAGCGCCCUGAGCGUGCAGUACCUGGCACAGUCAGCGGCCAGACCAGACCCGGUGCGACCCGACACGCCAGGAACAGGCGAGGCCGACUCCUCGGGGCCCCACGACCUGCGGGUGUCUCUGCAGCACACGGGACUGCCCAUGGGCCUGCCCCUCGACCUGCCCCGCUAUCCCAGUGUGCCCAUCACCAGUGGCUGCCUCCCUUACCCUCUGCCUCUCCUCAUGACACACAGGCCACCACACCUGUCCCAUCUCUCCCUCCACCACCUUCCGUCCUCACCCACGCCCCCAUCACCGUCUUCCCCGCCUCGCUAUGACCACCCGAGCCCCAAACGUCACAGGCGUGUGUCUGAAGACGAGCGACGAUCUCCCACUUCGCGUGACGAGGAUGAAGACGAAGAAGUGGACGUCGAGGCCCCGGAUCAACCUGAAGAGGCGGACUCAGUCCCUUCCAAUGACCCGCGGACCAUGCAAGACGGAGACUCUACACAAGAAGCCAAAGGACACGACAAGAGUCGAGUUCCAAUCAAGCUGGAGCCGAGCGAGGCGUUGCACACCAGUGACGCGUCUGCUAGUCGCUCGCAAGACGUCAUCAACAACAACAGCAAUAACGCCGACAGCAACCCCGCCACCAAAACUGACGAAGAGAGCAGAGGUCUUCUGACUCCUGGAUCGCCCGCCGCCUCGCCCGUUAACUUCUCACAAAGCACCUCUAGCCUGCACCACUCCAGCCUCGGGGAUUGCUCGCUUCGCACCCGCUCGCCGGAUGUCGCCGCGGACCUCCAGCGACACAGCAACACGCCAGGCCUGAGCGUAAAGCAAGAGGAGGAGACGCCUUCCGCUGCGCCGCCACCUACGUCCGUGCCCAACCCAAGCCCCGCCAAGAUCUCCACGCCCACGCAGAGCAAGAGGGAACACGAGGGCAAGGAAGAAACAUCACAUCAAAAGGUGAAGCAGCGGCGCUCCCGGACGAACUUCACACUGGAACAACUGAACGAGCUUGAGAGGCUGUUUGAUGAGACGCACUACCCGGACGCCUUCAUGAGGGAGGAACUCUCGCAGCGCCUCGGCCUGUCCGAAGCUCGAGUUCAGGUGUGGUUCCAGAACAGGAGAGCCAAGUGCCGGAAACACGAGAGCCAGAUGCACAAAGCCGGCAUGCUCCUGUCCCCCUCUUCCGGCGCCGCCACACCCAUGGGAGUCAUGACCUCCGGCGUGGGUUUGGCGGCUUCGGGGAACGUCGGGGUGCCGCUGGAAGCCUGCCGCGUCGCCCCCUACGUCUCGCCGCUGCGCCUCCACCCGCCGCCCUACGACCGCCUGCCCGGCCUACCCACCCUCUCCCUCGACCCCGCCCUGCUCUCUGCCGCCCACCAGUACGCCGCCGCCGCCGUGUCCCUGAGCCUCACCGGGUCCUCGAGCAGCACCAGCAGCAUAAACAGCAGCACCAGCAGCAGUGCGGGGAGUGGAGGCGGCAGCAGCAGCAGCAGCAGCAGCCUCAGUAGCAGCUCCGCCACCAAUCCACUCACGUCUCCUCCUUUGCUGUACUACCCACACCCGACCUACCCGCUAGCCCUCUCCGCCCUGGCAGCCGCCGAGAGAGUCUCCUCCAAGAAUUCCUCGAUAGCCGAGCUGAGGAUGAAGGCUCGGAAGCACGCCGAGGCUCUGGGUCUCACCACGCCGCAGACUUAAUUCCCACAGACCAGACGUAGCCUUUAAUAUUUGGCAGUGCAGAUUGGAUGCGGCACAAGAGAUUGUCAAGGAUGGAUUAACAUGAGUAACAUUCAUUCACUGACCUCUGUUCUCGCUCAUCUGUUCGUAAGUGGUCUUGUGUAAUCAACGAGGAGUGUGUGUGGCGGCUUUCAUGCUGCACAACGCUUAGCCUCUGUUGUCCUCACUCGCGGGAGGAAAGACUUGCUUCAUGGAACUCGUGACUAAUUGAGUGCAGACCAGACAGUGGAACUCAGGAAUGAUGGAAAACUGUGCGCAUUGUAUGCAAUACUAACAGUGCUCCACACACAGCGUGCUCCACAAUACUCCACAAGCAUCCUCCUCAACAUUCAAAGUCUACAAACAUCCAUCUUCAUUCCCUAAGGCCGCAUCCCUGGAAGGUUACGCUCCUUCCACAGGUCACCUUGACAUGCCAUUUAUGAGUUAUAUCUUUCCGUUCUGUACUAUUCUUUAUUCGAGAUCUCCAGAAUCUGGCCGGAGUUUAGCAGCAGAAGCCGCUUUCUGGGCUACCUGGAAACGCUGGGUCCUCAGGAAACACCAGCCAGAACUGCAACAGCACAGAAACAAUGGUGCUGACAGAGAACACUGAAGAAAAGAAAAAAAACAGUGAUGAGCAGCAUAGUUUUCAUUUUUCACUCAGUAACAUGUAUGUGGCAGCAGGCGACUAGUGCCUGGAACAUGAAGGCUUUCAUAGCACCCCGUGAAGUCAGUAUUCUUAGAGGCAAGGCGUUACUGGUACGUGAUGGGGUAAGCUGUUUUUCUGACGUGUGUGUUGUGUGAGGGAACCCUAGAAUGUGGCUCUGCCUUGAAACCUUAAAGAAGGAAACAUGCGAAGAAACUCCCGAAGGUGCAGUUGUGAUGGGCAGCGGUCAGCGACGUGUUAUGUUAAUUAUCCAAGGCAGUGACCCUCCCGAAGGCGCCGAUACUCCUGCAGCCACGUGUAUUCAUUGGAAAAUGGAGGUUACAAAGUAGCGUCAGCCACACAGGUCAGGAUUUGACCAGGCAGUGAAGAAGAAAAGUAGCACAUCAUUUUAUAUUGUCCCGCUGCGGUCGGGACAGUUAUGACGCCUCAAUGUGACGAUGGAGGGGAAACGUGCACUGGUUCUCCCCGUAAGAAGCGCAAGGCGCUGCUCAGCACCGCAUGACUCAGUGACAUUGAAUUUUUUUAUCCAGCUACGUAUAAAGGUCUGCGGGACCUUGAAGGUACCGCCGAGUGACCUUUGCACGCAAGGUCGUUAAUCAAAAAUGUAAACCAAUGAUAUAUGAGUGUACAUAUAUAUACUCCAGUAAACGUGUACAAUCGAUGUCAUUGUGUGUGUGUGUGUGUGUGUGUGUGUGUGUGUGUGUGUGUGUGUGCGUGCGCGCGCGUGCUAGCGCCUCAGGCGACGAAGGAUGUUAGUUGUCUUAACAUUUAAAUAGUGUCUUCCCGUCUCUGCUUCCGCCUCGCCACGGCGCGGCAGGCCUGGGAGCACCGGAGCCUCGCCGGCGAGAAGGAGGGGGAGGAGGGGCACAGGGGAGCCGCAAGAGGGAUGGCGCGAGGGGCGGCGAGGUGCAGGGCAAGGGGUACUUGUGUUGAGGGCACGGGCCGGGGCGUCAGCCUGGCACUGUUUCCAGGACGAAUACUGAUCAAGUCAAGGAGGCUUAAUCAAGAUCUCCUUGGCCCACACCCUCCACACCUCCGAGGCCCCCUCCCUCUCCCUCCCCUCAGGACGCCCUCCCUCACCCUCCCCAUGGUGCUGACGUGGACCCUUAUUCCUGCUGUUGUUGUUGACAUUUUAUUGCCGUUCUCGCUGGGUGUUUUAUUCCAUUGGUUCGUUCUGCGUUUUGCUGCAAGUUACCCAACCGCUGCAGUGGAUGGAGGGCGCCAGGCCAGGCGGACGAGGGCGAGGGGAGGCUCGCUGCCACCCCAGGCUGCCACCACUGUCCUGUCACUGUUGGUAUUGGAGGGAAUUGUGCGAGAUGUGACGGACUGCGCUGCGCUUUAUUAUAAUCGGAUAUUGUUUCUUGAGUUUUUUUUUUUUUAUGUAACUGGUCAUUUUUUAGUUUGCCAGCAGCCAGUUAUCCACAGUGGUUGUAGGAACAAUCAUUUCAUGUACUGAACAUUCUUCCAUGAUCCAGUGUUUUGUUCUUGUUCACCACUCAGUUGACUGCCGCAGAAAAGCAAACUUCAUCAUGACAGAUUUCUGUCUUACAAGAAUGGAAGAUUUAAAUUCACCUUUCUGUACAACGAAGACCUUGUUUUUACUUAUUUAUUUUUUUUUUUUUCCUGAAAAGAGGCUGGCCAAAGACUAGAAAUCAAAGUUAUGGGGAAAAUAUCAUAGUGUAUUUUUAGAAGGUAAAAUGUUUUGAAUGAGAAGGUCGUCCUAAUGAGAGGACCAAAUAACUGCUGGUUAAUGGCAACAGAAAACUUGUCAACCUGUCACCCAGCAUCGCUCCGCAGCUUCCAGUGUGCCGGGUGCAGCAGCGCCGCCACCCAAUAAGCCUUGCCCUCUUGCCCUUUGUGUGAACCUGUGCCACCUGUGUACCUCCUGGCCCUCCUGUGCACCCCUUCGUUCACGUGUGCACCACCUGCCCGACACGUGCACUUCCCAAUGGUCCGUGUGUCCAGUGCACCAAAUGCCUCCUUACGUACAUAGGCUAUUCCCUAACCAACAUGAAACUCCUAAGCCAUUGGUUCAUGUGCGUGCGUGCGUGCGUGCGUGUGUAUGCUUGUCCUGGAGCCACCCAUUUCAGUCUAGCCACCUUCUGUCUUUUCUUUCUUCCCUUAUCACUCCCUGUUCCCUCAAAUCGUUCCCUUGCCUCCUGGCCAGCCAAGAGCCGCCACACCACUGCAGCUGCCAUUCCGGCCACUCUGUUGUCUGCCGUGUCUUUCCCUGUGUUACCAAAUAGUUCUAACUGUUGUACUUGGAAGAAGAAAAUCUCUGUGACAUACUAUUACGGAUCCGUGCAAAGGUUUCUUUGUUCUUUAUUUGCUGGGUAAUGUGUUUCAUUCCUGACAGAUGGAAAUAUUUUGCUCACGACCGCUGCUGUGUAGUGUCGUCUGUUAUUUUAAUUAUAUGAAGCCAUGUUU